AUGCCGUCGGGCCUACGGGAUCGUAACUGGAAUGAGCUCCUGGACGUGUUGCCGUGGAGUAACGAUGGAAUAUUGAGUGUGAAGUCCGGAUGUCAGAAGCGCAAGGAAAAACCCGCACGAGAGCAAAAAUUUGAAGAUGCUCAAAAAGGUCAAAAAACCCUCACAUCAUUCUAUUCUCAAAAAGGACCACGAUCUGUCGAAAGUGCAAGCGGUGGUUCUAUAACAAUAGAGAGCAACCAAAACUCGUCUCCAAUCGACCAAAACUUGCAGCCUACGAAUGCUGCCUCCGCCGAAUCCGGUAACAAUGAUUUAUCUGAAAAGAUUCAUGAAAAUAAUUCAACAAAAGAAGCCAUGGAAUUUUAUAAUAUAGAAAACUCAAAAGUCGACGAAGAUUUUCACGAAGAGUUUUUAGACCCAUAUCAGGCUGAACAGGUCAUGCGUCAGGGUCACCAGGAAAUGCCCUUAACUUUUCCACUUGAUCGAUCCGAAGGGCCAUUUCCUGUCACUCUUUUAUCUAAAACCCUACUCAACGGCGAGAAGAAGAAGGGAGAUUGGUUAGUUUGGAGUCACAAGAAACUUGAUUUCUUUUAUCUACCGUGUCGUCUUUUGAGUAAAAAUACGUUGCAACGGUCAUCUCUUUGUCGUCCCAACGGAUAUUCAACCGAUCUGAUCUGGAAAAAGCUAUACGAUAAGUUGCCAUCACAUGAGAAUAAUAGUGAUCAUGUUGAAUGUUACGUACAAUGA